AUGCGGGAGUUUAGAAGCGCAGGAAUCAUGAAAAUGGAGAUCUUCUUCAGCCCGAACUCCACGACCUUCAUCCUGCUGUACCCUGAGAGAUGGCGGAGUCCCCCACAACAAAGCCCUACCACAGAGCCUCAUCAACUGCUCUCACCACCCCACCUCUCCCCACGAAGUACCCCUACCACACCCUUCAUCCAGCCCUCGCCGCCUUUCUUCAACAGCCCCCACAACAAAGCACCACCACACAGCCCCAAUCAACCACCCUCCCCACCACACCUUUCCCCCCGCACAGCCUCUACCACACCCCCUCACACAUCCCUCACCGCCUUUCUUCAGCAGCCCCCACAACAAAGCCCUACCACACAGCCCCAAUCAACCACUUUCCCCACCACACCUUCCACCCCCGAGGUCCCCCUACCACACCCUUCACAGAGCUCUCACCGCCUAUCUUCAACAGCCACCACAACAAAGCCCGACCACACAGUCCUAAUCAACAGCUCUCCCCAUCACACCUUCCACCCCCAAAGUACCCCUACCACACCCCCUCACACAGCCCUCACCGCCUGUCUUCAACACCCCCCACAACAAAGUACCACCACACAGCCCUAA